AAUGUCAACGGGUGCGUAUCGGAUCUCCAAAAGUAGUGUAUUUUUGGAGAAUCCGACACCGGUGUACGCGUCAAAAGUGAAGAGUCUGCGCAACUUUGGUUGUGUUCCUAAAAGGCUCUUCAGAUUUUCUUCAAAAUUGUGUAAUUCUGUAAUUCUGUAUACUGUUGAAUUCAAGCAAGGAACCAUUAGUUACACAAAAUUUGACACGUGUUAUAGUGGUGUGAGGCGUCCAACUGAGCAGCCUGUUAAAGGUAUUUUAGGAGAGUUAGGAAGCUAAGUUGCUCGGACUCUUCAAAAGUGUCUACGGGUGCGUGUCAGAUCCUCCAAAAAUAGUGUAUUUUUGAAGGAUCCGACAUGGGUGCGGCAACGUUAUUGGAGAUUCCGAGCAACUUAGUUAGGAAGUGUAUUUAAUGAACCAAAUCUACCAAGCUGUGUAUUCAAUACUCACGUCAACAUAGCAUUUAUGGAGUAGGAGCUUUUCUUUCUCUCUAACCCCUGAGAACUUGUUCCAAACAAUUACAUUUUCUCUCCUAAAAUACCUUUAACAGGCUGCUCAGUUGGACAGUUGGACACCCCACACGUCUAUAACACGUGUCAAAUUUUGUGUUACUUAUGGUUCCUUGCUUGAAUUCAAUAAGAACUGCUUUUGUGUAGUUCGAGGGCAUUCAAAUCAAUGGCUUCGUCUCUUAAAUACCAGACGGCCGACUCUUCUUUUAAUAGUUGAUUCCUAGGCUUUCUUCCUUUUGGGCUUCAGAACAUGUUCUUCUGGUGGCUUUGUCUAAUUUUGUUUUCAACAAUCUUUGGGAUUUGGGCUUUUUUCAACCAUAGAUUGAACCAAGCUUCAAUCUUUCCUAGGGCUGUCUUCUUCAUUUUCGUCAACUAUUCUUGUCUUUUCCGCUUCAAUCAAGAUAUACCGGGGGUUUCAUACAAUCUUUGGGCUUUGGGCAUUUUUCAACCAUAGAUUGAACCAAGCUUCAAUCUUUCCUCGGGCUGUCUUCAUUUUCAUCAACUAUUCUUUCUUUUCCGCUUCAUUUUCCUACUCUCCCUUUUCUUUCUUAAAUUGCUUGUUUCUAAGAAAUGAAGUUUGUGUUCGUGUUCUUAUUCCUUUCAACCUCAGAUCCUGUAGAAAUGAAGCGUGUCUCAGUGUUUUCUAGAUAUGAGUAACUGGUAAAGAUGCUGCUAUGUGACCAAGAGGUCACGAUUUCAAGUCUUGGAAACAGUUUCUGGCGGAAAUGCAAGGUAAGGCUGCGUACAAUACACCCUUGUGAUGGGGCCCUUCCCCGAAUCCUGCGCAUAGCGGGAGCUUUAGUGCACCGGGCUGCCCUCUUUUCAGAUCUUCUUUCAGCUAGGAAGUAUCAUAGCACAUGUUUAUGUGACAGGUUACUGCCGAAAAGAGGUGGCAUUCCAAAGAAGAAUGCCAUCAUAUUUACUGCUCCAACGGGGGAGCAGAUAACCACAAAAAGACAGUUGGAGCAGUACGUGAGGUCACAUCCUGGUGGCCCGUCAAUAGCUGAGUUUGAUUGGGGAACGGGAGAUUCUCCCCGGAGAUCCCCAAGGAUCGAAAAGCAAAAGGCGACGCAAUCUCCAGCAAAAAGUGAGCCUGCAAAGAAAAGAAGCAGGAAGUCUUCAGCAUCGUCUUCAGCUUCAAAGACUGAUACUGCAGUGUUAGAAGCUGAGAAAGAUAUUGAACCAAAAGAAGACGAGAACGUAGAUGGAGAGAGCGAAGCGGAGAAGAAAGAGGAAGCCGAAACAACUGAGAAGGAUGUACAGAAGAAAGACGAAAUGCAAUCUUCUGAGAAUGACCUUGUGAAGGAGAACUUGGAUGCUGAUGGCCAAAAUGCCGAUGACAACGUACUGGAUUCUCCAUCUGAAGCUGCUCAGGUUGAGAAAGAUGUGGAGAUGGCUGAUAAUGUUGUACAUACCGACAACGUUGAAGAGGCUCCUGUUGAUAAGACAGCUGACGGUCCUGAGGAAGAGGAUGCACGAGUUGAAGAAGUAGAAAGCUUACCUACUGAGGAAGUUCAGGUCGUACAUCCCGACCAUGCUGAAGAAGUCCCCGCUGACAAAGCUGUUGAUGGUGAAGCUACUAAAAUCAAUGAGGAAGACGUUCUCCAGGUUCAAGAACCGGAAAACAAACGUACUGAAGAAGCUCAGUUUGAGAAAGACAUGAAAUUGGCUGAUAACAUUGGACAUCCAAAUGACGUUGACGAGGCCGCUGCUGAUAAAGCAGCGGAGGAAAAGGAUGUCCAGGUUGAAGAAGUUGAAAGCAUACCUACCGAAGCAGAAAAACUAGAUCCUAGCGCAGCCGAGGAAAAGAAGGAUCAAGCUGAAGUAGAACAGAAGGCUGCUGCUGCAACAAAGAGUACUGGCGAUCAAGAUGAUUUGACGAACAUCGACAUAAUUAAUGUGGAAGGAGAACUAACGGACAGUGGCAGCAACGCUAAUGAGGCCAGGCCUUAGAGCAACGGAUCUCUAAUUCUAACCUUUUGCUCUUCUUUGCUUCAUUUGGAUGACUUUAGUACUGUCAAUUGUAGAAACCAUAGAAUAUAGGUCCCAUUUCCCUGUAAUGAUUUAUCACCUGUAGAGAUAUUUGUACCGUUACUAUCUGUAUCUCAUAGAUUUAGGCUUUCAGCAGAGACACUAGUUGUGCUGAGGCAAUUUGUAAUUGUAUCUGCAAAUCUUGUUGUUGUAACUCAGUAAGUAAGCUUAUGAAAAGCCUGUGUUAUUCUUUGACUAA